UUGUGUGAUAUAACUAUGAAAUUAAUUAAGGGGUUAUUGGGUACUUUAAGUUUAGUAAUAUGUCGUAAAAAUAUAAGAGUUUUAAUAAAUUUACAAGAACGUAUUUAAUAACCGUUAAUAAUAUUAUAGAAGUGCGGUAAUUUCAAUUAACCAGAAUUCAGAUUCGUGUUCAGUUUAGUGUUUGUGUUUCCUACUGUAAUACCUAUGCGUAUUAUUAUUUUAAGUUCGUAAGAGUUCUGUAUUAUUAUAGUUUUGUAACAUUUAAUUCAAACUUUUUUGAGAUGAAUAUGUUCACAUCUUUACUUCAUUACGCACUCGUGAGAUUGCCUUUUAAUAUUCUACUACGGUUUGAAAGUAAGUUACUUAUCUGUAAUAUUAUUUAUAAUAUUGUUUUUUUAUGAACGCCUCGUGCUGAAGAUGUCCUUCGUGUUCGUGCGCGUAAACAAUAAAUUUAAAAUUUCAUCAUUAUAGGUCAACGUAUAGUUUCGCGGGCUCUGGCCAAUUGUCUUAAAUUAGGAACCCAUUUGUCCGUAUUAAGUGUCAUGUGCGACUAUUAAUCGUCACGUCGAUAGUUAUGAUGCGUGAUGGCAUUGAUCCGGCGUGAUUGUUGAUGGCAGAGAAGGAGCGACGCGGAACAAGCACUUAUCGUACGAAUUAAUUCUAAUGGAGAUCGUAUGAGGACGGUGAUGUUAUUGAGACUGGUGUCGGAGUACCGCUGGCGGAGCGCGGGUCGCCGGGACGCGGGCCACAGGGCGCGCUGCCGCCGCAAUCGGCACGCCGGCUCUCGCCACUCUCGCACUCCGCAGUGCCUCCUCGUACAUGCGCACAGCCGCACAUAUCAACCCACUAGAUUCCUUUUAAAAACAUCGCGAUACACGAAUCGUACACAUUCUUCGACGUUCAAAAACAACGUAAUGUGAACUACUUGUAAACGUUUUUAAUAGUGUGGUAUUUUGAUACGCCGACGCAUCGUCGUGUCGCUCGUAACUGAUUAUCGAGACUUGAAUCCUGAGACAUUACCAGAAAGAUGAAGUUGCCGAAAUUGGAUCUCUCUAUCCAGAAGUCGUGCAAGCCGGCGAUGUUGGGUCGCAUGUGGCAGGCGAGCCGGCGCGCGCUGAACCUCGAGCACUCGCCGGCGCACCAGUUCGCCUGCAGCCAAUGGCAGAGCAGCCCACAUCCCUCCACCACUUACCUCGUAUACAGAUGGCUCGUUUUCCUAUCAGUGGUAUCUGUUGGCGUGGCGAGCUUCGCGUGUCAGCGCCUGCCGCGACUGUACGACGGACCUAUAGUAGAGCUAAACUACAUGAAAUGGUUCAUCUACUUCACGAACUGGGGCUACUUGCUGAUAGCGUUGCAAGCUGGACUCGCGCUGGCCGUCGCGCACCGAUACAGAGCACAGAAGUUAAACUCCCUUAAUCUGCGUUUUGCAGCAUGCGAAGAGGACGAGAUCCCCAUUCCGUUGGGGCGGCGCACGCGCACCCCGCUGCUGUGCCGCGCCUACUGGCUCGCGCACGUCAUCGCUACAGACCUUGCAUUUGUCAUCUCACUAGUCUACUGGGCUUUAGUCCAUGAUCCAAAGAUACACGAGAUAAAUGCUCUAAACGUGCUAGUCCACGGCGGCAACUCGGUCCUCAUGCUGUGCGAGCUGGCGGUGACUGCGCACCCGAUCCGCGCCGCGCAUGCACUCUACAGCGCCGGCGCGGGGCUCGCGUACGGCGUGUUCAGCGCCUUCUACUGGGCCGUGGGUGGAACUGACAGGAUCGGACUGCCGGCGAUAUACCCAGCCUUAGAUUGGAAUAAACCUGGCUCAGCAUUCGGGUUCGUGUCCCUGUGCGCGGUGGUGAUGGUGUUCGCGCACGCGCUGGCGACGUGCGUGGCGGCGGCGCGCGCGCGCCUCGCACAGCGGCUGCGCUCGCGCGCCCACGCCGACCGCCUCACGCUACCCACGCACUGAUCACACGGAAAAUGCAACUAGAAUAAACCCAGGUCCAUGACCAAACGACGGAAAAAACUCAACUACGCGACGCGAAUUAAAACAAAGUGCCGAUUCCUAGCUAGAUAUGAAGAAACACUAUUCCAUAAGGCCUACCAGUGACAGUGAAUAGACCAAAAACUAAUCUAGGAAUAAUCAAUUGUUGAACAGAAAUUCCAGCAAAAUAUAUUACUGUUGCCUACAAAUUAUCUUUAUUCAGUUGUUUUCAGCGUCCUUUUUGUUCAUCGAUGUUUGUCGUUUCACGAAAUUUGUAAACAGUAAAAAUUCAGUUUUUAAAACGAAAUCCAAUUUUGUUGCACGGCAAAAUCUUUGUACAUUUUCCCGUUUAGUUCUAAGUAUUUAAUGGAUCUGAAAACAAGCUCCUGUUAAUCUGUAGGCACCGGUAAUGCGAGGUAAAUGUUAUAAAUAGUAUGUUGGCAUUCACCACGCUAAGCGUCAAGUGUAUUUACUCCAUUUCUGUUAAAGAACUCGAACAUGGACCUAGACACUUUAACGUUAAUUAGACAAGUAUUGAUAAAACCCGUGUGCUGUAAACUAAAGUAGUUUGGUUAUUUUUUACGUUUGCACAUUAUACUGCGAGCAUAAUAUUAUUGAUAUCGUAAUCCCACAGGCAUUAUUAUAAGUUAUGGACUCACGUUAUAGCAAAUCAAGAAUCCUAUCAAAAAUAUAGCCAAUUAGCAAUUAGAAUUCUUGUGAGUGUACUCUAGCUGAAAAGUGUGUAAUCUUUUCACCGUCGUGUUAAAUAAUGCAAAGUUCAAAGUUAAUAAUUUAUUCUUAUUCAUCCUAAAAUAAAUUUUAUAAACUUUUCAUUCACUUUUAAGAUUCAAAAUUCGAAUGUAAGUGAUUUAGACUGUAUGCAAGCAAUAUUGUUAAAAAACAAGUGAAAAAAACAGCCGACUUCAUUCUGAAGGCGUAACUAUUGCAGUUGCUAAAGAGAGAGACUGCCCCGUCUUGGAGUGUGUCCUCUCGUUAUCAGAAAGCCAUAAAAGCCCACAGACGUUUAGUCUAAAUGAAAUCAUACCCUCGUCUUUGAAGUCGGUUUAUAAUACGUAUCAUAGUGUGUUUGUGAGUCGCCUUUAGACAAACGUCGAACUACCGUAGUUGGUACAACUACAUAUUUUAAACUUUCGACUUACAAAACAUUCCUAUUUUUCCAAAGAAAUUUAGAAAUAAGUGUUUAAGAAUGCAAAUUUAGGUGCGAAUAACUUAGUGCCUGACUACUGUAUGUGUAGGCUUUUAAUGAUAAGGUCUAAAUAAGGAGUUUUAAAAAUAAUGACCGAAUAAACAAACGCUCCAACCUCUUUACGCCGACUGACUUCUAUUAUCGGCCUUCUGAGCUGUCAAAUAACAAUCAACAUCCCGAUAGCAAUGAUUGGCAGCAAACCUAGUAACAAGAUAAUUGCAUCACUAGACUCCUACGGGGACGCUACAAAUUGCAAAAAAAAAUGUUUUACAAAAUGAACCAGUCAGCAUAGAGGUCAAACGUCACUCAAAACUUUUUGCUUGUUUAGACUCAUGCUGGUGUUGUCAGUUUAAAACCUCAAACUUAUACUCAGGCGCCGACUGUGAGCAAAUAUAACCCAGUUUUUGGUAUUUCCAUACAUAUUCCUUUUCGUUCGGAAAAAUACCGUAUUACGUUCAAAAUGGGAGUCACAGUGGUGCUUACGUUCGGCGGCUGGCUACGCAGUUGGUUUGGUUUCGCAGCUUUCAGUUGCGUUUGUCUAUACGGUUAAUCCUUUAUUAUACUCUAACUCAAGUGCAUGAUGGAUAAAACAACGAAAGACGGUUGUAUUAAUUGCUCCCCUGAGGUCUUCAAAUUAACUUCAUAAAUUGUAUUUAUUUUUAAAGCUUGCAUAACGUAUAAUUUGUGGGUCUUUAAGUAUAAUGAUGGUCAUUCGUGAAUAGAUAAUUAUUUCUAUUCAAUGACAAGAUGGUCCGUCUAUUUUUAGGAAACGAUCGGAACAGAAAUUAAUGGGUAAUAAUCCCCCAACAAAAGGCCAUAUUAAUUAAGACAACAAGUGAAACUUCCAAAUACUUAGUAAUCAAACUAACUAGAUUAUUUCUCUAACCACAGAGGUGCCAUCGAUCAACUGUCUUUAAGAAGAAACAUCAAAAUUUAAUACAAUGAAAACAAAACGUGCCAUAAAAAACAUACUUUUCUACGUAACGUUUAUCCAUUAUGCCUGGUGCCCUCUUUGCCAAGUUACAUUUUGACAGUCGUGAGCGUUGAUAAGAGUCCAACAUAUGAAAAUGACAGUAACAAGUCACGUCCAAUCAAAGGGGUGGUCCUUAUUUGAAUUAAGAAAACUAAUAUGUCCGUCAGCUAGAUUUAAAAUAUGAUUUCGUACUUCUCUCUUUUAUAAAAAAAUAAAUAUUACGAGAUGAAACGCAUCGAAGGUUUCACGUAUGGAAGUCGAGCUAAUGACGUCACUUAUUGGUAAAAAGUUUCCUGUGUACGUCACACGAAGUUUUCAACUUACUGUAAUAAUUUUUUGCUUACUCGAUAAAAAAUAAGUACACGUUAUUUUUUGAAAAUCCAUCUGACGGCCUAGUUACAUUUUUUAGGCAAGUUCAUUACCAAUUGAUAGUUUUCCAUUAACGCUUACGAUUGUAACAUUGACACUUACCUAGACGGGCAGAUAAUCGCAGCGAGCUCAUAUAAAUCAUUUUAAUUAUAUUAAACGUGCAUUAGUUAAAAACCUGUAUAUAGAAUACAUUAAAACAUGCAUUGAUGAAAUGAAAUCCUUGAAAUCAUUUUGAACUAAUUAUAAUUUAUUCUAAAGUAUGUCUAAAUCUAUCAAGAGAAUAUACAAGUAGGUUUUAUAUUAUCAGUAUUAUACGUGAGACUCUCUUUAACUCUCUUUAAAUAUCAAUAUCGUACACAUACACAUAUUUAUUUAUGUAGUUAUGUAUACUUACCUUUUAUAUUUGUCACCUUGACCUGUUAUCAGUGUCAAAUUAUUUAUCAAUUCCAUUUUAAUUGAACACCUAUUAUAUUCAUUACACGCGAAAACACAAAGGCGUUUAUUUGUUCGUUUAAAUGUUUUUGUUUAAGAAUGUAUAAACAAAUGACCGUGUUUGUGUCCUAUUUAUGAAAGGUGCGCGAGCGCCCGCGGAAAACAGGUAAUUUGUGCAUUUCUAUAGAAAUAGCUAAUUACGAAACAGUUAUUUGUUGUGCGCAGUAUAUUGAAUACAUUCCUGCCUUGCUCCAAAGUUAAGUAAGCUCAGCAUUUAUGUACGAAUACCUACGUAGUGAUUAAAUGUAGGAUUUAGUGAUAUAAAUCGUUCCUAGCCUUAAUUAAUAAAAUCGGACAAAAUGCUGUGAUGCGCUGUUUCAUUUAAUGUAUAACUGUUAAUUUAUUAAAAUAAUAAGCAAUAAUAGACUUGUAAUCUCGAAGACAUUGUAAGCAAUAAUUUAAUUAUUACGAAAUAAUAAUGGACUGUAUUCUCCCUCAAAAAUUAUUAUUGUAUUUUAUGUUAUGAAUUAGUAUUAAAUGAGAUCCCUUUGAGUAUCCUGCUCUAUUAUUACGAGGUCUUAAAUUUAUUUAUUUUUUAUUUAGUAUUGAAUUUUUAAAUCUCAAUUUCAUGUGCGUGAUUUUUGGUAUACUAAGGGAUCUGGUCAUAUCGUAUUAUAAACAGUGUAAUUAAUCGUGAUAAUAAAUAUUAAUUUUCUCAA